AUGGCAGGAAUCAAGCGCAAACACACCGAGGCGUCCGUUACCUCCAAAGCCUCCGGCGACAAGAAACUCAAAUAUGUGAAGAAAGCCGACGUGAGGAAGGCUGCCGCAGCUGCGGCUGUGAAAGAGGCGAAGAAGCCGUCGAAGAAGAACGUCAAGCGCGCGGAACCCGAGGAGGAGGAGGAUCUUGUCGAGUCGGACACCACUGAGAGCGAGAAUGGCUUUGCCGGCUUUUCCGCUAAGGACGGCGCCGAUGAAGAUGUGAGCAUGGCUAGCGGAAGCGACAGUGAUGUGGAGAUGGAGGACCAGGGCACCGCGGAGAAAGCGUCCAAGAAACCGGCGGCAGCAGACAACGGUGCUGGUACGGGCAAUUCGAGAGAGGCACACCAGAAGCAGAAGCAACUCGCAAAGGAACGCAAGAUGAACAAGCCACUUGGCGACGAACUCCACCGGUCGAAGAAGAUUUGGGAGCGCUUGAGGCUGAAGUCGCACGUCCCGAAGGAUGAGCGCAAGAAGCUUGUCACCGAGCUGUUUAGCAUCAUUACUGGAAGGGUCAAGGAAUUCGUCUUCAAACAUGAUGCUACCCGCAUUAUCCAAUGCGCGCUGAAGUACUCGACUCCGGAGCAGCGCAAGAUGAUUGGCAACGAAUUGAAAGGCGAAUACAAGGCUCUUGCGGAAAGCAGAUACGCGAAGUUCCUGGUUGGCAAGAUUCUCGUCGAAGGUGACACCGAAACGCGCGAAAUGAUCGUCUCCGAGUUCUACGGAUCAGUCAAGCGUCUGAUCAACCACCCCGAGGCUUCCUGGAUUCUGGACGAUAUCUACAGAGGCAUGGCAACGAAGAAGCAGAAGGCAAGGCUUCUGCGGGAGUGGUAUGGCACCGAAUUUGCCGUCUUCAAGGCCGGCAAAAACGAGGAUGUUCCUGAAGAGCUCUCCGAGAUCCUCAACGAGUCGCCGGAGAAGCGGAGGCCCAUCAUGGACUACUGCCGCAACAUGAUCAACGCGCUCAUUCAGAAGAAGAUGACCGGUUUCACCAUGCUUCACGAUGCCAUGCUUCAGUAUUUCCUCAACACCAAGCCUGGCAGCGAGGAGGCAACAGAAUUCCUCGAGCUUAUCAAGGGUGACGAGGAGGGCGAUUUGCUCAAGAACUUGGCAUUCACGAAGAAUGGAGCUCGCGUUGCCUGCCUUGCUCUCGCCUACGGAACUGCCAAGGACAGGAAGAACCUUCUGCGGGUGUACAAGGAGAACAUCGAGAUUAUGGCCUACGACCCCCAUGCUCAUCAGGUCCUCUUGACCGCCCUUGACGUUGUUGACGACACCGUUCUCACCACCAAGCUUAUCUUUCCGGAACUUCUGUCUACGAAUUCAAGUGUCGAGGUGCAACAGGAGAAACUCCUGAACCUCGCUCUCGACAAGGUCGGCCGAAUCACGAUCCUGUAUCCUCUCUGCGGCCGGGCCAAGUGGCUCUUCCCGAGCCCCGAGGACCUGGCCCUCCUCGACGAGGUUCACGCCAUCCGCAGCACAACCUCCAAGAAGGACUCAGAAGUCAGGAGAAAGGAGGUGGUGAAGGCCUACUCGGCGACCAUGCUCAAAGUCAUCGCCGCCGACCCGUCGGCGCUGGCCCAGUCGUCCUUCGGCUGCCAGUUCAUCACCGAGGCUCUCCUCGGCGCCACCGACGGCGACAAGGCCGCAGCGGUCAAGGCCGUCGCCACCCUCGCCGGCGGCGACCCCAGCGCCGAGGACCACCUCUCGCACUUGCCGCACGCCGGCCGCAUGUUCAAGACCCUCACCACUGGCGGCCACUUCGACCCGAAGACGAAGACGACCAAGCUCGCCGACCCGCCGCUUGGCUUUGCCGACGCGCUGUACGACCAGAUCAAGGACCACCUGGUUGAGUGGGCCACGGGCGACAGCUCGUUCGUCGUCGUCGCCUUGGUCGAGGCCGAGGGCUUCGAGAAGAAGGAGAAGGUGCUCAAGGCGCUGAAGAAGGAGAAGGCCAAGUUGGAGAAGGCGGCGAACGGCGGUGCUGACAAGAAGAAGAAGGACAAGAAGGAGCAUGAGGGCAAGAAGGAUAAGAAGAAGCCGAGCGGCAAUCCGGGAUCGAGGAUAUUGCUGGAGAAGCUGUAA